AUGGAGGAAGAGGUGACGUUGGAGACCGCCGGAUAUUGUCGUUUUCCGGCGGUUCAUGGCCGUUUCUUUGGCAGCGAGCGAUGGGUGAUUGACGAGAGAGGACGAAGGGGCAUGGGGAAGGUGAGGACGUCUGGGGAAGAGGAAGGAACAGUGCCUCCUUAUUUUGGAAAAAGAAGAAGACGUUGGGGAGGAGGAAAAUGCAACGAUGACCCUGACGUUGGAACCAGUAUUUGCGGAGGAGGAGGAGGAAGUUCUCCUUCUCCUCCGUCUACUGGUUCAACGCCAGGUAUGCUAACUCUUAACGACUUUAGUGAAGGUGGAGACGGGGGUGGUCCAUCAGAAUGUGACGAGAAAUAUCAUGAUAACAACGAUAGAGUAGUCGCGUUGACUACUAGAUGGUACGAUAAUGGUUCAAGAUGUGGUAAAAUGAUACGUAUUCGGGCCGAUAAAAAUGGGAAGAGUGUAACGGCUAAGGUUGUGGAUGAAUGUGACAUAAAAGAUGGUUGUAAAAAUAAUGUAGUGGAUGGUUCAAUUGCUGUGUGGAGAGCUUUGGGAUUGAAUACUGAUGAGGGAAGAGUUCCUAUUACUUGGUCCAUGGCCUAG